AUGGAGUGUCAGAGGAGGUGGAGACAGUUCUCUUCAGCCUGGCUUCUCAUUUUGGGAGCACUUGCAUUGAGAGAUACCCAGGCAGUCCACCACAGGCAUGUGGUUCAGUUUACUGCAGUGGGCACAAUCCAGUCUCUUUUGGAACUAAAUGCAAUUAGCUUCUUGGAUGAUGUUGAAACAGUAUCCUACAAUAAAGUACAACAGGAACUUAUCUUCAAGAUACCCUGGAUCUCCAAGGUAUUGGAAGUUGAUUCCAUUACCCAGAUGCGUCGUUUAUUGGUGGACCAUGAGAAAGAUUUCCACUGGAAAAUCCAACACUUAGCACAGAAUGACACUAACUCUAACAGAAACCACACAUGGCAGGUCCUUGCAGAUUGUGAAAUAAACAAUGACAUCAAGUUAAAGAGCCAUGUCCAUUUAAUUUGGGAUGGAGAGGAAUAUUACAGGAUUGAUGAAGAGGUUGGGCACUGGGAGACCUUAAAGCCUGAAGUCAAGAAAUACCAGUACUUUCUAGAGACUCGCUUCUGGACCUACAUAAUGAAACACUACAUGAAACGAUAUUGUGUUGACAUGAUGAGGAAAGUCGUUGGGUACUCAAACUUAAGAGAUAAUGUGCCCCCUGAAGUGACUGUAUCCCACCAUGUCAGCCCAGAAGGCAGCAGCAUUCUCUCCUGCACAGCCAGAGGCUUCUACCCUCACUCUAUCCUGCUGCACUAGAAGAAUGGGAAGCUCGGUGUAUGGGGAAAGGAGACUUCCAGUGGCACCCUGCCCAAUAUGGAUUCUACCUUCUACCUUCAAGUUACCUUAAAGCUCCCACCAGAGGACUCAGAGAAAGAUUAUACUUGUGUGGUAGAACACAGUGAGCUGAAGAGCCCUGCUGUGUAUCCAGUACCUGAAAAGCCCAAAAUGGGGAAGCCUUGGGUCCUGGCACUGGGUAUUGUGUUAGCUGUCAUUCUACUGUUCUGCUGUGCUGGGACCUUCAUUGCUUGGAAGAAAAGGAAGUCAGGUAUGCAUGUAAUGAGAGAGAAGUGA